UGCAUCUUAUAUUCAUCCAUCUAGCUAUAACAACCCUUUCAUCCAUUCAUUCAAAUACCAAUGGCUUUCAAAAACUUCACCUUUAUGAAAUUGUAUGUUUCCUUUCUACUUUCAAUCUUGUUCUUUGUAUCAUUGUGUGUAGCAAAUAAUGUUCCACCUGAAACCAUUUGCAAGGGUACCAUAAACCCUAUUUAUUGUAAAACCGUUCUUGGUAGUGAAAAUGGAAACAUAUAUGACUAUGGUCGCAUUUCUAUUCGAAAGUCCUUAUCCCAAUCUCGUAAGUUUGUGAACUUAUUGGACUCAUAUCUUCAAGGGAGUUCGUCUUUGUCUCAAUCCACAAUUCGCGCUCUUGAAGAUUGUCAAUACCUUGCUAACCUAAGUUUUGAAUACUUAUCAAACACUUAUGGCACAACAAAUCAAUCUAGUAACGUUCUUCCAACUUCUCAAGCCGAAGAUUUUGAGACUUUCCUCAGCGCCGUUUUGACUAACCAACAAACAUGUUUGGAUGGUCUAAACACUACAACUUCUGAUCAAAGAGUGAAAAAUGACUUGUCAUUAUCUCUCUCCGAUGACAUAAAGCUUCAUAGUGUAACCCUAGCCUUGUUCUUGAAGGGUUGGAUGCCUGCGAAUAAAAUAAGAACGUCAUGGCCACAAAAAGGGAGACAUUUGAAUUUCAAAAAUGGUAAUUUACCAUUGAAGAUGUCAAAUAAAGCACGCGCUAUUUAUGAUUCAGCUAGACGCCAUGGGAGAAAACUACUUCAAACCGAUGAAGAUAGUAUUUUGGUAAGUGAUAUUGUUGUUGUUAGUCAAGAUGGAAGUGGAAACUUCACCACUAUCAAUGAUGCAAUAGCUGCUGCACCAAAUAACACAGUUGCAAGUGAUGGUUACUUCCUCAUUUUUAUCACUGAAGGUGUGUAUGAAGAGUAUGUCUCUAUUGACAAAAAGAAGAAAUACUUGAUGAUGAUUGGAGAAGGAAUCAAUCAAACAAUUAUCACAGGCAAUCGCAAUGUCGCUGAUGGUUUCACAACAUUCAAUUCAGCCACCUUUGCUGUGGUUGCUCAAGGGUUCGUGGCAGUUAACAUAACAUUUCGCAACACCGCUGGAGCAGCAAAAAAUCAAGCAGUUGCACUAAGAAGUGGAGCAGACAUGUCCACAUUUUACAGCUGCAGCUUUGAAGGGUAUCAAGAUACACUAUAUACACAUUCUUUGAGGCAAUUUUAUAGAGAAUGUGAUAUCUAUGGAACAGUUGAUUUCAUAUUCGGAAAUGGUGCAGUUGUUUUGCAAAAUUGUAACAUUUAUCCCCGUCUUCCUCUAAGUGGACAAUUCAAUCCUAUAACAGCUCAAGGUCGAACCGACCCGAAUCAAAACACUGGAAUUUCUAUACAAAAUGCAACUAUUAAACCAGCAGAUGAUUUGGCUCCUAACGUUGCAACUGUUAAAACAUACCUAGGGAGACCAUGGAAAGAAUAUUCAAGAACAGUUUAUAUGCAAUCCUUUAUGGAUAGUUUCAUAAACCCUUCUGGUUGGCGUGAAUGGAAUGGUGAUUUUGCUUUGAGCACUUUAUAUUAUGCAGAAUAUGAUAAUAGAGGAGCAGGUUCAAGCACUGCAAAUAGAGUAACAUGGCCUGGUUAUCAUGUUAUUGGUGCCACUGAUGCAGCAAAUUUUACGGUCUCUAACUUUGUGAGUGGUGAUGAUUGGAUUCCUCAAACUGGUGUCCCUUACAUGAGUGGAUUGGUAUAGUCAAAUUCAAACACCUACUAUAUCAAUUUGUUGAAUUUCUAUUUUUAUAUACAUUUCUUGUACCAAAAAAAAUAAAAUAAAAUUAUGUGUAGCUUCACAAGGGAAUAUAAGAAUUCAUUGUAAAGAUUAUUCUAAACUAAUUAAUUAAUAAUUAA